UCAAGCAAUUUCAAAACCUACUGCACCGCUCGGGCACCUUUGCUAGUGUGUAACUAAAAACUGAAAACUGAAAUGGAAGAGCCGGUCAAAUUUCGAAUGUUUCCUUUCCCAUGUACUAUUUUAAUUUUAGUCCCAAGUCCCUCUUCCGCCCCCUCGCCGCUUGUACCAUCUUUAUUUUAGUCCCAAUUCCCUCUUCCGCCUUAUAACAAACACCUAGUCCGCACAAUUCUCAACCUCCCUAUCAAUGCUAAGGGCUUUUCCUGUGGUUUCCCGCCUACCCAUUCCCUCUCCCACAAGUACUCAGACUACGAGUGUUUUGAGCAGAAUGAGCUCAACAGCCCCAUCACCAAAAUUCCCAAAAUUUGUUCCUGUGGAAGAGAGUACCAUCCAUUCGAUAAGUAAACCUGAUGGUAUCAGGUUUAGUCUUGUGUCGUAUAACAUUUUGGCUCAGGUAUAUGUAAAGAGUUCCUUGUUUCCACACUCUCCAUCCCCUUGUCUGAGGUGGAAAGCUCGCUCACAGGCAAUUUUGAGUGUUCUCAAGAACCUUGGAGCUGACUUUCUCUGCCUGCAGGAAGUUGAUGAGUACAACAGCUUUUACAAAGGAAACAUGGAGAGCAAUGGCUAUUAUAGUUCUUAUAUUCAGAGAAGUGGGCAAAAGCGUGAUGGAUGUGGAAUUUUUUAUAAGCACGACAUGGCAGAGUUGCUGUUAGAGGAGAAAAUAGAAUACAACGAUCUUGUAGACUCAAUUCUAGAUGGAAAUGGGCAUGGUGAUGAUAAACCAAAUAACAAAGAAGCUGUUGAAAACAAAGACGAUGGACCCAAAAUUGGUUCAACAUUACAAAGCGCCCUGGAUCAGGGAGAUCCUGAUGAUCCUCGUGUCAGACUGAAGCGUGAUUGUGUUGGAAUUAUGGCAGUGUUCAAGCUUAAAAAUCCUUCUAAUCAUGUUGUUAUUGUGGCAAACACACACCUUUACUGGGAUCCAGACUGGGCUGACGUUAAGCUUGCACAAGCUAAAUAUCUUCUAUCACGCUUAGCUCAAUUUAAAACAUUGGUAUCCCAGAGAUUUGACUGCAGUCCUUCAUUAAUUUUAUCUGGUGACUUCAAUUCAACUCCAGGGGAUAAGGUUUACCAGUACCUUAUUUCUGGCAACUCUUCAUCUGCACCCUCGAUAGAUUCUGUAGAUCUACCUAUUCCCUUGUGCAGCGCAUAUGCUACUACACGUGGUGAACCACCAUUUACAAAUUACACUCCUGGUUUCACUGGUACACUUGAUUAUAUAUUCUUUUCCCCUUCUGACUGCAUAAGACCAGUCAGUUUUCUUGAGCUUCCGGAACCAGGCUCGUCUGAUCUUGAUGGUGGAUUACCAAACUUCAGUCACCCAAGCGAUCACUUACCAAUUGGUGUUGAAUUUGAGAUCUCCAGAUAGGGAAAGAAAUAUUUGCUUCCUCAAGUUUUGUUUUAUUUUUGCAAAUUGACGCAUAAGAUUUUGUUUACAGUGCCGUAUUGUUACCAUUGGAAGAGGUGAGUUUAGAAGUAAGGUAAAAAUUGACUUCCCUCUUGACAAAAUUGUUGAAAAGUUGAGGCAAUUUAAGGGGUAAACAAAUUUUAUCAAAUAAUUAUUGUGGACAAAUAAAUAAUAAAAUAACUGAUGUUUUUAAUA